AAUUCGAAUUUAGCAAUUGUCAAAAAAUUUAUAAACAAAAAUUUACAAGUUUCAAGUGCAUAUGAAAAUUUAAAUAAAUAUUGUGUGAUAUAUUUGCAGUUAAAAAUGGGUUUCCUUUCAGUUUUGAAGAAAAUGCGGCAGAAAGAAAAGGAGAUGCGUAUACUUCUAUUAGGACUAGACAAUGCCGGUAAAACAACCAUAUUAAAGAGAUUUAACGGUGAAUCAAUCGACACAAUCUCCCCAACGCUGGGAUUCAAUAUUAAAACUUUGGAACACAAUGGAUAUAUGCUGAAUCUCUGGGAUGUGGGUGGACAGAAAUCGCUUCGUUCAUACUGGCGAAAUUACUUCGAAUCUACUGACGGUCUGGUAUGGGUGGUAGACAGCGCAGAUCGUAUGCGCCUUGAAUCAUGUAAACAAGAAUUGAGAGUUUUACUACAAGAGGAACGCCUUGCUGGGGCUACACUGCUUGUGUUAGCAAACAAACAGGAUUUACCUGGAGCACUUAGCGCAAAUGAUAUUAAAGAUGUUCUUGAGCUUGACGACAUAACUACACACCAUUGGUUAGUUGUGGGUGUGAGUGCCGUAACUGGAGAAAAACUCUUAGGAGCUAUGGAUUGGCUUAUAGAUGAUAUUGCUAAGCGCAUAUUUACCUUAGAUUAAUGAUCACAUAAUGAGAAAGGAACAUUCAAUUUUAGUAUUAUUCGGCUUCUUAAUAUUUAGCACUUAUUUUUCUAAUAAAUAUAAUUUGUAUAGUUGCUCCUC